UGAUUUUGAGGUUCACCCCGCCUCAUGGCCAUGGGAAGCUAACUUACUGAAGAAGCUAGAGUCGGUCUCAGUCAACGCAUGUCGGCUUCGGACUCUCUUUUCUCCUUCGAAGAAUUCCAAUCAGACCGAAGAGCUCGAAAGGCCGCUCGAGCAUUUCGAUAACCGCGACGGAGAAGCUUACCCCUCACCCAUCCCUCCCUCCCUCCCCCUCUUUCUUCAACCCCAUGAGUUUCCUCAAGCCAUCGGCAAUCCAUCAGCUCCUCGCCGCCUCCGCCUCCCUGAAAUGGAUGCCCUGCCAGUGCUCGCACUCCUCUGGUCCACCUUCUCCGAGUUGCUCUUCAUCCCAUCCUCCUCCAUGUACCCGACUCUCCGUGUCGGCGACAGGAUCAUCGUCGAGAAGGCAUCAUUCUACAUCAGAAGUCCUGCUGUAAAUGAGAUUGUAACCUUUCGAAAUCCAACACAGAAACUUGAAUCGAAGAAGGAUGAUAUAUUUAUCAAGAGAAUCGUUGCCAAGGCUGGAGAUUGGGUUGAGGUGAAACAGGGGUCACUUCACGUCAAUGGAAUAGCUCAGAUUGAAGAUUUCAUCGCAGAGCGACCAAGAUACUCAUCUAGAUUAACAUUUGUACCCAAGGAUCACGUCUACGUGUUGGGUGACAAUCGCAACAACAGCUACGACUCCCAUGUUUGGGGGCCUCUUCCAGUGAAAAAUAUAGUAGGAAGAUUUGUGACAUGCUGCUAUCGACCUUCCAACCACCUGACGGUAACCACACAAACGUGAUAGAACUAUACCAGAAGACCCCAUUCUAGUCGAUGAUUGGAAGCAUAAUCGUAUGAUCUCCUCGUCCCCCACAUGUGCAAAGUCUUAUAAAUAGUUACUGAGCUCGUAAUGAUCUUCAUUAGAUUGGACAGCUAUGGUGUUUUUCCCAGGAGUGCUUCUACUGCGGGACAUUAUAAUGUCUCAUGGUGAGACAGUAAUCUUAUUCAUUAGAUAUUUCAACUUGAAAUCUUGAUCAUUCAUAAUUUAUAUAUUUUACCCCUCAAAUUGUAGUC